AUGGGAGUCGGGACCGUUAUCAAUGCAGCCGUUGCAUCGUUCUCGCGGUCAGGCAAAGGAAAGCUCCCACAACCUGACGACGUCUCACAUAUCCCUGAGAUGGACCGCCGGCCACUCUUGACGCUCUCGGUACCAACUACUGCUUCUGAAACAGUGCCCGGAGGGCAGGGCUACGGUUCUACGAGCGCGUUGGGUAGGUCGAGUGCGCGCAGUAGCCCUGAACGGUACAGGAGAGAAAGCCUGCUUGGCCGGGUGCCGGAAGAGGACGCUUCCGGGGAAGAACAGCAGUCACCGGAGGCAGAUGAAAUUGAGUUGGAUUUGGAGGAGAGGGGCUACUACCUAGGCUCGUACAAACGGACAGUGGCCCUAUAUACCCUAGUACCACUCAGUUCUCUUCUGGUAUUUAUAUUUCUUGCCGCACUUCCUCUGGUAUGGCACAGCCGACAUGAAGAACCGCCUCCCUAUCCGAGGUAUUUCUAUGCCCCGAUCCCGGAGUUGCUCGUCUCGGCGGCCCUGUGGUGCCUCUCCUAUCUGCUCCGUUUCCCGCUGUUCGCACUCUGCUCUGCGAUCAUUCCCAAUGCGGUCUCGCAGGUGGUAUGCUUCAAUGCCCUUUACGUGCUCCUCAGUCAGACCGCCCGCCUUGCCGCUCUGCCGCUUCUGCACGUCCGCCACGAGAUGCAGUACCCGCUGCCGACUUGGCGGGAUCCCGCAUUCCACCGCGUCUGGUGGGUCGCGCUAGGAUGGGCGCUCGCAGACGUCUCAGUGGGCAUCGCGCAAGGAUAUGAGCAGCUGGCGCUGUACCGCGACGUGAUGGUGCCCCAGGAGAAGGUGCGCGACGCAGUCGCGCAGUGGCAGAACACGAACCGCUCGAGCGGUUGGAUGCCAGAGCAUGUGCUUCCAGAAGACACGCUCCCAAUGAGCCCACGACGAGAAAAUUCUGAGAACGGCACGGCUAGCAAUGGGCGGCCGAGGAACGUCGAGGGUGCGAUCAAGCUGGCCGUGGACAAAGACUUGGACCAGCUCGUCAAUCUCAAGGAGAGAGAGGAGUUGGAGGAAAUAUACGGCGUCCCUCCCAUUAGAAUACCUGUUUUCGUAUCGUGCCUGCAACGCAUCGAUGCAUUCGUCUUGACGCUCGGAAUGACCCUCAUCCUCGCGGCAUCCUACCUGCGAUCGCGCAUCGCGUUUCCUGAUGGGGAUCUACCAACGAUCUACUCGAAUCGCGCGUUUGCCGUCACCUUCCCCCUCAUCGUGCUAUUCCACCUCUUCCUUUGCCUCCUGCACACACCGCCUGUCCUUCGCCGCGUUGGCGUGCACACGACGGCGUACGUUGGGUUUUUGUUUGGAUUAGGUAGUGUGUUUACCGGUCUGGGCCUCUGGGGCGCCCUGCAGUGA